CAGGGUCUGUGAUAGAGAACUUUUCUCCGUGUUCCGGAGGGGAAGAGAGAGAGAACAUGCGCUCGCUCUGUACCGUGAGGUGUGCGGACCCGGGGAGGACCACAGCGCGCGAGCUCGGCAUGAAGGAAAAAAUGAGGGUGUGUGUGAGCAGUUGUCCCUGGGCGUCAUGUGAUCUUCGUAAGCACGUGAACGCCCCACCGGAGGUGCCAGGAUGCCUGUACAGGCGGCACAGUGGACGGAGUUCCUGUCCUGUCCCAUCUGCCUAAAUGAGUUUAACGCAGGCGGACACAAACCCAUCAGCCUGGGCUGCUCACACACCGUGUGUAAGACCUGCCUUCACAAACUGCACCGUAAAGCCUGUCCCUUCGACCAGACCGCCAUUAGCAUCGACAUCGAGCUGCUGCCCGUCAACCGUGCCCUACUGCUGCUGGUGGGGGCGCAGGUUCCUGAAAGCCACAGUGUGUCUCUGGACAGCGAUGAAGACUUGCAGCAUUAUGACGUGUGCAGGACGUCUGUGGAAGAGUUGGCGCUGUACCUUAAGCCCAUCACCGGUGGGAAAGGCGUGGUCUCUCCGAGUGCAAGCACGCUCAGUCGGCCCAUGCAGAGGAAACUGGUGACCCUGGUGAACUGCCAGCUGGUGGAGGAGGAGGGGCGCGUGAGGGCGCUGCGGGCCGCUCGCUCUCUGGGAGAACGCACCAUCACCGAGCUCAUCCUGCAGCACCAGAACCCACAGCAGCUCUCCGCCAACCUGUGGGCUGCCGUCAGGGCGCGGGGGUGUCAGUUCCUCGGGCCUGCGAUGCAGGAGGACGCCCUGAAGCUCGUGCUCCUGGCCCUGGAGGACGGCUCGGCGCUCUCCCGCAAGGUCCUGGUGCUCUUCGUGGUCCAGAAGCUGGAAGCUCGGUUCCCUCAGGCCUCCAAGACGAGCAUCGGUCAUGUGGUGCAGCUGCUGUACCGAGCGUCCUGCUUUAAGGUGACGAAGCGUGAUGAAGACUCCUCCCUGAUGCAGCUGAAGGAGGAGUUUCGGACGUACGAUGCUUUGAGACGUGAACACGAUGCCCAGAUCGUCCACAUCGCCAUGGAGGCGGGGCUUCGCAUCUCACCUGAGCAGUGGUCAUCUCUGCUGUACGGCGACCUCGUCCACAAAUCACACAUGCAGUCCAUCAUAGACAAGCUCCAGUCCCCAGAAUCCUUUGCGAAGAGCGUGCAGGAGCUGACGAUCGUCCUGCAGAGAACCGGAGACCCGGCCAACCUCAACAUCCUCCGAGCUCCGCUAGAACUCCUGGCUGGCAUUGAUCAGAAUCUGGACGCAGCCAUCCCCUCGUGGGAGGAGCUUGAGGCAGCGAUGCUGGCGGUUAAGGUUGUGGUCCAUGGUCUCGUUGAGUUCAUCCAGAAUUACAGCAAAAAAAGCCAUGAAACGUUUCAGUCUCAACCCAACAGUAAAUAUAAGACCAGUAUGUGCAGAGACCUGCGGCAGCAAGGAACCUGCCCACGGGGUGUCAACUGCACCUUCGCCCACACCCAGGACGAGCUGGAAAAGUACCGAAUGAGGAAUAAGAAGGUCUGCUCAGGAACCAGGCCGUCCCUCCUGCCCAAGGUGGGGGCAGUUAAAUCCUCAGCUGUGGACUUGGGUGUUGGUGAGCAGGAGGGCGUGGCCUCAGAGAGCUCCUCCCCUACUCGCCUUGUGCCCAGAGGAGGAGAGCAGGAUGAGCAGGAUGAAGUGAUGAAGGAGAUGACUGACGGAUUAACGACCACUUGUCAAGACCUGAAAACGGGUUCUCCCCCGAAGAGCCCAGCGUUAGGACCUGCAGACCCCUCUCAGCUCCUCAAACCACACAGGGGUCACCACGAGGUCACCUACUUUCCUGACCAGAGAUCUGUAUACGAGCUGCCGUCCUGCCAGACCGGUAAUUUUUUCCCUCCUUCUCUGUCGAACCAUCACAAACCCUACCUGCCUCGCUUUCCCCGCUCCAGCCCCACCUCUGACUCCUCAGCCCCGCCUCCUCUGGCUCCUCCCUACCCUGACCCGCCCCUCCCGUCUCGUUUGGGCCUGUCUCCUUAUCCCCCGUCCCCUUCUUAUCCCCCCCUCCCUCACUCUCACCCCCACGGUCACGGCGUCUACGCUCCCGUCUACGACAGUCGGCGUCUCUGGAGGCCUCAGUUGUACCACAGGCACGACGGCCGGAGCAACUCGCUCCCCCUGGAGGUGCUGCACUCGUCCAUUUAUCAUCCCCCUCUCCGGGAGCGCUUUAACUCGCUCGACAGCGCUUACUGCAGCGCCUCCAGCAGGAGAGCCGCCCUGCAGCGGGAGGCGUACAACCGAGCGGCUCUGGGCUCUGAGGAUUUCUACUCUCUUCGUCAGGAUCAGUGGUCGCACCAGCAUCACGGCCCGGGCCGAGGGACGCAGCAUUCCCCUGUCUUUACUGUGGAUCUGUGCUCUGAGCGUAUGGAGAACAGCGUGUGUGUGAACUGUAAAUGUGGAGGUGCAGACGCACCUCUCAGUCGUUACUCGCCGUGGUCGUGUGGCGCCGUCGGCCCGUUCGACUCGGAGCCCCUUUACUCGCACACUUGCUCCCAGCACCCGCAGGACGGUGAGUGUACAGCUAAAAACUGGCUGCAUGUUUCUGAGCCGUACAGACGCGUGAAGGACGAGGACCCCAUCAUCCCGUUCGGUGAGGGUCCCAUCAUCUCCAAGUGGGGUGCCAUUUCACGCUCGUCUCGAACCGACCACCACACCACCGAACCUGUCCAGGCCACGGCCACGCACGGACGCACCGCCACCACCACGCUCAUCAACUUCAGAGAUUACGGCGCUCAUGUGGGACAGGGCGAGUGUCGGUGGAGCCCGUGUGGCUUUGAGUCGACGUGCUCCGGGGUCCUCGACAGUGAGCAGAGACGGAGCUCCUUCAGCACCUCUGGGAAGCGUGGUGCCGAGUUCUUGGUCCGAGACAGAGCGGAGAGUGAACCGGACCGGGACAUCGAGCUGGAGCUGUGUGCGCUACACAUGGAGGACUCAGAACCAGCAGGGAUCCCGCCUCAGGUGUCUUUGGAGCCGCGGUGUGACAAUCGCCUCUCCAGUGUGUUCGGCGAUGGAGCAGGAAGCGCGCGGGCGCAGCAGUCGUUAGCUGAGCACAUUGUGGACGCUCAUUUACUGAAGAAGAUGGCGUUUCGGAAGUCGGCCUCUCCUGGGGCCCUGAAUGCUGGAGGUCUCGCCAUGAGUGGUCUGGUGAUGAAGACAGGUUCUCCAAGACCUCCUCCAGGAGACCCAGUCGGACCGAGCCCGGGAUCCGAGAUGAUCCUGAACGGGAACUAAAAAUGUGCAGUAUUUUAAUGUCUGAAUGCUGCGUCAAAGGUCACAGUGCCAACCCAUAAUCCUUCUUGAGUUUAUUAUUUGUCUGAUGUGUUUACGUCCCCGAUUUAAUUCCGAACAUCUUACCGGGAACGGGAUGUUUAUAAAACCUCACACAGGGUUUUUGUUUUAAAGAAACCUGUUUAAAUCCAGUAUGCAUGUUUUUUUUUUUUUUUUUUUUAAGCUUCAGCCAAUAAAAUUUUUGC